AUGUGGAACUCCAUUUUAAUGGGAGCCGCUUCUCUGCUGCAUUUUUAAAAAAUGGUCUCGGAAGCUUCUUACUGUGGCUCUUUGUUGGGGACAAAAGAUUAUUUAUGCUAAAGGAAAAUGUAUUCCCCACUGAAUUAGCUCGUGGGAAGCAUAACAAGCUUAUUAGUAAUGCUCUCUUGUGCUUUGGCCUUUUGCUGUGGCAGAGAAAAGAGAAAAUGACAUCAAAAAGAACAUGCUGUUGUCUUUUGCCUUCCUGCAAAGAAAAUGUGGUAUAAUAUUAGGCUUUUCAGGAGAGUUGAACUCAGGGUCAACUUUGGUACCAGAAGAAAUGUUCCUGAAAGGAACAUGAAAAGCGAUUUCAUCUCAAAUAGAUGACCAUGCAGCCUGCAAUUCAGGUGUGGUUUGGAGAAGAUCUGCCUCUAAGUCCACGGAGUCCUCUGACUCCCAGACACGGCCCGGGCCUGGCCAACGUGUGUCAGUAUGACGAGUGGAUAGCUGUGCGGCAUGAAGCCACGCUGUUGCCCAUGCAGGAAGACCUGUCCAUCUGGCUGUCUGGCUUGUUAGGUAUUGAAGUUAAGGCAGAAAAAUUAUUGGAAGAACUUGAUAAUGGAGUACUAUUAUGCCAACUGAUUGAUGUUCUUCAAAACAUGGUAAAAACAUGCAACUCUGAAGAACCAGGGAAUUUUCCAAUGAGAAAAGUGCCAUGUAAGAAAGAUGCUGCAUCAGGCUCGUUUUUUGCCCGAGACAACACUGCAAACUUCCUGCACUGGUGCAGGCACAUUGGGGUUGAUGAGACCUAUCUCUUUGAAUCCGAAGGUUUAGUUUUGCACAAAGAUCCGAGACAAGUGUAUCUUUGUCUUCUGGAAAUUGGUCGAAUUGUGUCAAGAUAUGGGGUUGAGCCACCGGUAUUAGUAAAACUUGAGAAAGAAAUUGAGUUAGAAGAGACCUUGCUUAAUACUUCCGGGCCUGAAGAUUCCAUCAGCAUUCCCAAAUCGUGCUGUCAGCAUGAAGAGCUGCAUGAAGCUGUUACGCAUAUUGCUGAGGACCCUCCCUGUAGCUGCUCACAUCGAUUUUCCAUUGAGUACUUAUCUGAAGGGCGAUACCGACUUGGGGAUAAAAUACUCUUCAUCAGAAUGCUUCAUGGAAAGCAUGUCAUGGUUCGCGUCGGUGGAGGCUGGGAUACUCUCCAAGGAUUUCUGCUGAAGUAUGACCCCUGUCGGAUAUUACAGUUUGCUACGCUAGAACAAAAAAUUUUAGCAUUUCAGAAAGGAGUCUCUAAUGAAAGCGUACCUGAUGUGCCCGCCAGAACGCCUCAGCCCCCUGAAAUGAAUCCUUUGUCAGCAGUUAACAUGUUUCAGAAACAGAAUUCAAAACCUGGCAUGCCAGCUGGUGUUCCAAAGAGCAAGGAAAAACAGGCACGUCCGCCAGGUGCAUUGCUGCCGGCAUCCUCCCCGAGAGGAGGCAAGCUGGGCUCUGUGUCGGUCCGCCCUAAAUUCCCAAGUCCUCCAGCUGCAUCUUCUCAGCUCAAGCUCAAGUCCUCAAAAGGCGUAAUGAAGAAACCACAUGGGCCCUCAAACAAUGCAGCGUCUUCCUUUGCUUCUUUAAAUCCCACAGGCAAAAACACUUCCUCACCAGCUCUAUCAAGAACUACUCUGUGUGUAUCUGAGUCAGUGAGAAAAUGUGUCGCAUCCCCCAGUACUCCUAAGGCCAAGGUUCUUCCAGCGCCAAAGCCAAGAGAUCUGCUAAAUAAGUGUUCUGGAAAAACCGAAGCAAAGUUUUUGAAACACAAUCCUAUUUCUUCCAGGGGCGAUCCAGUAUUUCACUUAGCUGCACAUUUAAGUUCAUCUGCCAAGUGUCCCAAGCUGCCUAAAGAGAAUAUACAUGUAAGGACCAAACCACCUCCUUACCCAUCUUCUUCAAAGACAUCAAAACCCAGUUCUAAAACCGUAGACACAGGGCUGGGAGCACAGUCUCAGCCACCUGCUGGAGCCCCGCAAACGAGGCCAGUCCCGGCACAAAAACUUAAACCGGCCUUGAACUUAAAUCAGCCAGUUCCGGCAUCCUCAGCUGCACUGAAAUCGAAAGAUAAGAGUACAGGUCCAGUUGCCAAAAAGCAGCCUCAGAGUAACAGCACGUGCCAGAAGCCUGGGCGCAGCCACUCCAAGUCUCCUGGCCGCACCCCACUGUCCACCGUGAGCCUCCCCCAGUCCCCCGCCAAGACACAGGCUGGGCCGGAGUCAGCACAGAUGGCCAUGAAGGGCCCGCGUUCAGCCAGAGGGCCCCCUAAAGGUGACAGAACCCCAGCUUCAGCCAGGAAACCACCCUCGUCGUGUAAGGAAGCAGAGAGUGGUGAUAAGAAACCUACUGCAAAGAAGGGUGAUGACGACCAUUAUUUUGUCAUGACGGGAAGUAAGAAACCUAGGAAAUAA